AUGGCAACUCCCUCGGUGUCACGCUAUGUCCUUCCCGAUAACAUCGAUAUUCGUCAAUACGAUGUGCACCUGAAGCCGAGCUUUGAUACUUUCCGUUUCCAAGGUGAAUCGAAGAUAUUCUUGGCUGUCACUAAACCGACAAAGGUCAUCAAGCUUCAUGCUAAGGAGCUUUCGAUUGAUCCAAACGUUACCUAUACCCCAUAUGGUGGCUCGUCUAUCACAGCUUCGUCAGUAAGCGUAUCGAAGGCCGCGACGGAAUGCACAUUUGAGUUCUCCGAGGAGCUCCAACCCGGCGAAGGGGAGUUGACUGUUGAAUAUGUCGGGACACUCAAUGACCAAAUGGCAGGCUUCUACCGAUCUGGGUACAUCGACCAGUUCGGUAAGAAGCAGUAUAUGUUGAGCACCCAGAUGGAAGCCAUCGAUGCUAGGAGGGCAUUCCCCUGUAUCGAUGAACCCGAACGCAAGGCCGUUUUUAAGAUUACCAUCACUACUGAUGCCAAUCUACAAGUCAUCUCGAACAUGCCCGAGUCCUCGAGGACUAUUUUCCUCAGUGACCAGCGUGACAAGUCUGUGGCCUACCAGACGGUCUCCUUCAUGCCGUCCCCGAAGAUGAGCUCCUAUCUCGUCGCUUUUUGCGUGGGAGAAUUUGAGUUUGUCCAAGGCACCACUAAGAAUGGCACACUCGUGCGUGUUUUGUGUACUCCAGGAAAGCAAGCUCAGUGCUCUUUCGCCCUGGAUGUGGGCAUCCGCUGUCUUCAAUGGUAUGAGGAUUUCUUCGGGAUUCACUACCCUCUGCCUAAGUUGGACAUGAUAGCUGUUCCCGACUUCGCCAUGGGUGCCAUGGAAAACUGGGGUCUGGUCACCUACCGGGAGAUCGAUCUGUUGUGUGAUGCCGAUAAAGUGUCUGUGAAUCGUCGUAGCCGUCUAGCGACCGUUGUGACCCACGAGCUGGCCCAUCAGUGGUUCGGUAACCUGGUCACGAUGGAGUGGUGGGACGGCAUCUGGCUUAACGAGGGCUUCGCUACAUUUAUGCAGUACGCCUGCGCCGAUGCUCUCUUCCCUGAGUGGGGUGUUUGGAACUCAUACAUUCACGAGUCAUUCGAGAGGGCCCUAGCCCUGGAUGGUCUACGGUCGAGUCAUCCCAUCGUGGUGCCGAUCCAUAAGGCUGAGGAGGUUGAGCAGGUGUUUGAUGCAAUCUCGUACAUGAAGGGCUCGGCAGCUGUGAGGCAGCUGUGGGCGGUAGUGGGUGCGGAUAAGUUCACUGAAGGGGUCCGUCAGUAUAUGAAGACUCAUCAAUACGGCAACUCUGUUACGGAUGACCUUUGGAGGGCUCUGGAAAAGGCAUCGGGUCAGCCAGUGAAGGAGAUGAUGGACUCAUGGACCGACCAGAUGGGUUACCCUGUAUUGGAGGUCGGCCCUCGUGACUCCAAUGGUAACUGUAGAGUCGCACAAAGUUGGUUCCUAUCUGAUGGCUCGGUGAAGGAAGGGGAUGAGGAGAAGAAGUGGGUGGUGCCGAUCCUCGUUGGUGAUGAUAAGACGCCAUCGGGGGAGAUGGGCAGACUCACUAUGAUGCGUGAGAAGUCGGAGACCAUCAACGUCGGUAACGGCAAAUGGGCCCUCCUCAACUACGGUGCGUGGGUGCCCUAUAGGGUCCAUUAUACUUCUGCUGAGGAUUAUGCCAAGAUUCUAUCCGGGGUCACUGACAUGAGCAUCCCAGUCUCCAACAGAGUCAACCUCUUGGGUGAUAUUUUCGCCCUCACCAAAGCCGGACGAGUUAGUCCUGAAGAUGCUCCUCGAGUCCUGAAGGCGUACAGGAACGAAGUCGAUGCGGACGUUUGGGAUGCUCUUUCCAACCUCAUCGGUGGUCUGUCCACCAUCUGUACCGGUCUGGGCCGGACUGCUGAGUUGGACAAGUUGGUGUCGGGUAUGAUAACUCCUCUGUUAGGGAAGGUGGGAUGGGAAAGGAAGGCCGGUGAGACCCCAAAGGACCGUCAACUUCGGACCUGUCUGGCCGGCCUGGCCUCCCAGCACUGCUCGUCCGAUGCGUCCCUCGCCGCUAAGUGUGCUGAGAUGACCCGUGGCUUCCUCGAGGACGCCGACUCUCUCGCUGAGGACGUCAGGGUUCCGGUCUUCCGACUGGCCCUGGCCGGCAGCGAGUCUUCAGUUGGGGAGGAGUUGUGGAAGGAGCUCAUCAAAACGGCAGAGAAAUAUGAGACCCCCCAAGGGUGUAGGAUGGACAUCUAUCUCAGCCUCGGGUAUAUCGCCAGCCCGGCCCUCAAGAAGCGCACUCUGGACAUGUGCCUUACCAACUUCAUCAAGCCACAGGACUUCUUCUACCCCAUGGGGAGUGUUCGAAGCUCCACACCAGAGGCUGGCAAAUUGAUCUGGCAGUGGUUGGUCGCUAACUUUGACUCCUGUAGGAGCCGUGUUGCCACUGCUAGCCCGUCUCUGCUCGCGGCUGUGGUCUCUAGCUGUGCCCGAGGGUCAGUGACCUACGAGAUGGCUGAUAAUGUGGAGAAGCUCGCUAAGGAGAAGGAGCUCGCUUCCAUUUCCCGCAUCAUCUCGCAGAUAGUCGAGAACAUACGCUCCAACGCGGCCCUAGUCGAGCGUGCCAAGUUGAGUGCCAUCGCCUCUAAGGAGUUCUGGCAUACCCUCUGAGAGUUUUGAGUGUCUAAGGCCAUGGUUGUGUUGGUCGAAAGUCUUCUGAA